AUGCAAGAUCCCUCGACCACAGCAUGGAUAACGCCCAUGCCCAUCCCCGCAAGGAUCGAUCCCCACCGCGCGCAGCAGGCACGCACGCGCAAAUUCCUCGAGGAGAACGCCUGGCUCAACGCCCUCCCCAUCACUGCAAGCGACCUCCACGCUCUCCGGAGCGUCCAAGGCCUCUACGAGGUUCGCAUCGACAAAUGCCCAUGGCUAGGCGCUAGUCUCCGCCUCUGGCUUCUAUGGGACUACGAUCGGCUCUGGGGGAGUUUUACAUUCAGGCCCCUCGAGGGCGUCUUCCUCAUCGACCCCGCGUUCACCAUCGAGCGGUGUGACCCGGCCACCGGCUUUAGUCCAUCGUUGCCGGUGGAAUGGAUGGGCUGGGCCGAGGAUGAUGGCUGGGGUCGGGAGGAAACCAGCAGUAUCCCGAGCGAGAUGCGGAUCAACCCCUGGACAAAGACACUCGAGGGUGAGUUUGGGUUCAUGUGGGGAUCCGGCUGGCCUGGUCCAGGGACGAUGAGUUUCCGGGCCACGCGUUUGCCCGAGGCCGAGAAUCCGGGCCGUCAUGAUGUCAACUCCGUUGAGGAUAUUGUACGCGAAUGGGGUCGUCGUGGGCCGCCAUAUUAUGAGCUGGAGAUCAUACGACAGACGCUGUCGCCGGAGGAGCUGAGGGCGGAACUGCGCAACCGGGAUGAUGCGCUGGCUCGGGCUCGUGAGGAGAGUCUGAAUGCGGGGGCUGAUGACGAUGAUGAACUAGCACUUUUGUCCGCGUGCUUUUCGGUAAAGAGGGAUGUGGCAAUGGCUGUGUUCGACCGCAGUGGCAAUAGUAUACAGAUUCGUCUGCGGGUUCACACAAAGUACAAUCGGGUCUGGGGAGAGUUUGACGGCGACUUCCGGACGAUUUCCUUUGUGAAUUUGCAGACUCGUGACAAACAUUCAGCCUUGACGAAAGACUCGAGCAUUAACGAGGCUGAAGACAGCCACCUUGUAUCUCUGCUAGCCGGGUUGCUGUCGGAAAGGAAAACGCUCAGCGCCCAAGUGUUCGACAAGCUUGGCAGUAGCAUGCCGAUCCGCCUGCGGCGAGAUGAGAAAGUUGUUGUCUCUGGAGAAUUUGACGGGGACUUUGAGACGCUUUCUCUGAUAAGGUGGAAGAUUGACAGCCGUUCUGGGAAGUGUUAG